GCUAUUCAUGGCGGGCGUGAUUACCAUCCAAUCUUCCUCGAAUUAUACGCUUCUUUUGUUUUUUUAACAAAUAAACGUUGUCAUGUUCAAAUCAAAACCACCACAAAUCAAUUUCCCUUCUGUGUCUUUGUCUCCAUCUUUAAUAAUCAUCUCAUCAGCCAUGCAAACCUUCUUCUCUUCUUCACUCUCUCUCCCGCCAGAACACAUCUCAAACUUCACUUUUUCCUUCUUUUAAAUGACCUGCCGGGACUCUCUCUCCGGCCCCGCCACCGCUGAAUCCGACCUUUUCUCCCCCUUCGGUAAACUCGACAACAUUCACCCUGAUGACAUCCGUCAAACCGCCUACGAGCUUUUCUUCACUUCCUGCAGAUCCUCUCCAGGUUUUGGGGGACGGAAUGCUCUCAGUUUUUAUUCUUCAAGUGAUUUUAGUAAUGGGGAAGGUGGAUGGAGUUCAGGCUCGCCAACAACUCGGGGCCGUGUAAAUGGGCUGGUUCAGACGACGCCGACCAGUAGGAUUAAGCGGGCCUUGGGGUUGAAGAUGCUGAGGAAGUCACCGUCGAGAACGAUGUCUCCCGUUCGUGGGGGAACCUCGGCGCCAACGUCACCGCGUGGAUACGAGAAGACAAGCCCCGCAAAUGGGUUCAACACGCUCCCCUCUCUGCCGAGACUGAGACGGCCGAUGACGUCGGCGGAGAUCAUGAGGCAACAGAUGAAGGUAACGGAGCAGAGUGACACUAGGCUCAGGAAGACUCUUGUUAGAACCCUGGUUGGUCAAUUGGGAAGACGGGCAGAGACGAUAGUACUGCCAUUGGAGCUCAUUCGUCAUCUGAAACCAUCAGAAUUCAACGACUAUAAUGAGUACCAUUUUUGGCAAAGGCGGCAGCUCAAAAUGCUUGAAACUGGACUCCUCCUCUACCCCUCAGUCCCGCUUGACGAUUCAAACUCACUCGCCACCUGCCUCCGUGAAAUCCUCCGUGCCAGUGAAACCAAGCCUAUAGACACCGGCAAAAACUCCCACACAAUGAGAACGCUAAGCAACACUGUGGUCUCCUUGGCAUGGAGAAGCCCUAACGGAACUCCCACCGAUAUGUGUCACUGGGCUGAUGGCUACCCGCUCAAUGUCCACCUCUACGUUUCUCUUCUUCAAGCCGUAUUCGACUUAAAAGACGAGACUCUGGUUCUGGACGAGGUCGACGAGCUUCUGGAGCUUAUGAAGAAGACAUGGUCGACAUUGGGACUCAACAGGCCCAUUCAUAAUCUGUGUUUCACAUGGGUUUUGUUUAAGCAAUACGUUGUCACUUCCUUAUCGGAGCCUGAUCUUCUUUGCGCGGCGCAUACGAUGAUGGCGGAGUUGGCCAAUGAUGCCAAGAAGUCUGAUCGAGAGGCGCAUUAUGUGAAGAUGUUGUCUUCAAUGUUGGGUUCAAUGCAAGGGUGGGCCGAUAAGAGAUUGAUGAACUAUCAUGAACAUUUCCAUAGAGGGACAGUCAGCCAAAUUGAGAACCUUUUGCCUUUGGCUCUGUUGGCUUCAAGCAUUUUGGGAGAAGAUGUUACACUCACUGAUGGAGUAAACUUUGUCAUGGAUUCAACCUCGAGUCGGGUCGAUGGCUAUAUUCGAUCCUCGGUGAAAAACGCUUUUACAAAGAUUAUUGAGAAUGAGAAUAUGACUAAAGAUGAAGAUGGGAAAGAGAUGGGGGCAGCAGAAGUGCUGCUUCAGUUGGCAAAAGAGACAGAAGAUUUGGCAUUGAGAGAAAGGGAAAGUUUUAGUCCUGUGUUAAAGAAAUGGCUCAGCAAUGCAGCUGGGGUUGCAGCUGUGACACUUCACCAGUGCUAUGGAGCCGUUUUGAAACAGUAUUUAGCUGGAAUGGGGACACUAAAACAAGAGACAGUUACAGUGUUGCAGAGAGCUGGAAAGCUUGAAAAGGUUUUGGUUCAAAUGGUGGUGGAAGAUAGUGUUGACUGUGAAGAUGGAGGCAUAGGCAUUGUCAGAGAAAUGGUCCCGUAUGAAAUUGAUUCAAUCAUUUUGAGGCUUCUGAAACUGUGGAUUGAUGAGAGGCUUGCUAAAGGGAAAGAAGUUUGUCUCAGAGCAAAAGAUUCAGAAACAUGGAAUCCCAAGUCUAAAUCAGAGCCAUAUGCACAAUCAGCUGUGGAGCUAAUGAAAUUGGCACAGGAAAUUGUUGAUGAUUUCUUUGAAAAACCAAUAGGAAUUACAGAUGAUUUGGUUCAUGAUCUUGCAGAUGGUUUACAGCAUCUCUUUAGAGAAUACACUACCUUUGUUGCAUCAUGUGGAGCAAGGCAGAGAUAUCUGCCCACACUUCCUCCUCUCACAAGAUGCCACAGAGAUUCAAAGUUCAUUAAACUUUGGAAAAUGGCCGGCCCUUGUGCGGUUACUCUUGAUGAUGGAAAUCAAGUUCAAGCAACAAACGAAGGUCUCCAUCCACGCCCAUCAACAAGUCGAGGAACACAACGAGUUUACAUUCGUCUCAACACAUUGCAUUAUCUUCUUACCCAUAUCCAGUCCCUCGAAAAAACACUAACCCUUUCUCCUAAAAUUGUUCCUUCAUCACAUAGUCGUUGUGCAGACCAGAGCUGCUCUUCAUACUUUGAACAUGCAACAAAUGCUAUUCAAUCAGCCUGCCAACAUGUAGCAGAAGUUGCAGCGUAUCGCCUCAUCUUCCUUGAUUCAAACUCUGUGUUAUACGAAAGCCUCUAUCUUUAUGACGUUGCCAAUGCAAGAAUUAAGCCUGCAUUGCGCACUAUGAAGCAGAAUCUCACUCUUUUGAGUGCUAUUCUCAAUGACCGAGUGCAGGCAUUGGCUAUAAAAGAAGUUAUGAAGGCAGCAUUUGAAGCAUUCCUUAUGGUUUUGCUUGCUGGGGGAUCCUCGCGGGUGUUUUACCUGGCUGAUCAUGAGAUGAUUGCAGAGGAUUUUGACAGCUUGAAGAAAGUAUUUUGCACAUGUGGAGAAGGAUUAAUAUCCCAAGAUCUGGCAGACCGGGAGGCAGAAACAGUUGAAGGGGUAAUAGCAUUGAUGGGUCAGCAAUCUGAACAACUUAUAGAAGAUUUCAUCAUUCUUUCCAGUGAGACAAGUGGUGCAGGAGUUGGGGUUACAGGGGCUAAGCUACCAAUGCCACCAACAACAGGCCGGUGGAAUCGAUCAGAUCCAAACACAAUACUAAGAAUAUUGUGCCAUAGAAAUGAUCGACCUGCAAAUCAGUUUUUGAAGAAGUCGUUCCAGAUGGCGAAAAGGAGAUGAAGAUGAUCCCUUUCUUAUAUAUUUCAAAUAGAGGGAUCAUACUUGUACAUUAUACUACCGACUUUUAAUCAUGUUACAGAAAACGGAACUAGAUGAAUAUAUUAUAGGCAGCACAUUUUGUCAAAAUUUUUUUGACUCAAAUUCUAUAUGUACAUGUUAAUGGAGGUCGAGAGACCUAAGGUAGAAUUUUCGGGCUUCAUUCUUUACA